UCUGCUCCAUUAUGUCAUAAGAUAUCAAUUUCAAAAUGAAAGUUUCAUAAAAAAUCAUUACAUUUCAUUGUCUUUAUUAACGUACUUUGAUUGCCAAACGAUACUUGGUAAGAAUAUUUUAAUUAGGGGGCUACAAUAUCCAGGAAAUGUAGCUGAAUGUAAAACAGAGUAGUUAAGAAGAACGAUGACCUUUUUAUUUGGACACGACACGAUCAAUUAUCAAGCUCGUGGCUUCGUCGAAACGUACGAGGAAGUGUAUUAUCGCAUUUCUCACAUGGAAGAAGAAUAUUUUCAAUACUCUAAUUUGAUUACGGGUCAUAUUUCUUUUCAGAGAAUUUUUAAUUGUUUCUUUAUCGAAUUGCGAACAAAUUCUUUUAGACUAAAAGCUUCGACGAGAUAUUACGUGGAUGGAUAUCGAUUGGCAUGAAACGAAUGGGCUACUUUCGCUCGAUGUAUUUUAACCUCCGUAUUUUUCUUUAAUUCUGUAAUAUGUGAUUGUUUUGUAAAUCCAUCGUUAGGCUUUCUCUUUGUACUAUUAUUUUGCUAUAAUCGUAACAAACAUAAUGCUGCGUGUAAAAAAAUCUUCAUUUUGCAGCUUAUCAGAUAGCAUUUUUCUUCUGCCUAUACUAAAGAUAAUUCCAUUGCAAAGCUCCACUAAGUUUGUUUCCUAAGCAAUAAAGUAUGAAUCAUGCUGACAGUAUAACAUUUAUAACAUCAGUUUAUGUGUCCAUCCUUUAUUUCAUUUCAUGUAGUAGGCGUGUUGUUGUUGUUGUUGUUACUGUUAAAAAAAUAUUACUUUUCUCGUCUUUUAUUUAGGACAGUAAAGAUCUUACGAUAAACUUAAGAAUGUUGUAUUUAAGGUAGCUAAAGAGUAUAGAGCAAGCAGAUGAAAGCAAGAGGAUUGUUAAAAUCAAGCUCUGUCUCUGUCUUCUUUUUUGUCUAAUCAAUAGUGUGAUGGUUGGUAAGGCUACGACGUUCAGCUCGAUUCCAAGUGGGUGUUUCACGACAAACCACCGAAAGAAACGUUGUCUAAAACAUAUCCUAUUUAGAAUGAUAACGACUAACCCAACAUUAGUUGUUUUAAUUAUACCGCUAAAACUUACUGAAUUACAUAACUUAAAAUUUAGACUGACGAGAAUUCUUUCCAAAGUAAAUUUGAAAGCUCGCGAAAAUUUGGUGAAAAGUCAACGCUGUAUUGUUCCUGAAUCGUUCGACCGAUUUGAUAAUCGAUUUGAUUUUGACAAAAAUUAAUAAUACGACAAAGUAUGAUUUAAGAGAUGAUAACAAACGUACGAAGCACGUACGAGUUCACGUGGACGGCAGCGUGUAUUACGAAAACGGCAAUCGGGCUAGAGGCGUGUGAAUCACGUGGACAACUGACAGUGGUUCACGGUUACAUGGUGCACCAUGUAAUAAAUUUUGCAUCAAAGUUUUAUCUUUGUAAAACCGCGAGUAGAAAAAGGGACGUAACAAACAUAGAGACACAGGGGAGAGAAUGGCUCCUCCACGAUCUUUAACCCAUUUCUUCAGGGUCGUCUCCGAAUCGGUAGGUGUAUCUAUCCUUGCGCUCGUAAUCAACCUCUUUAUUCUUCAUUUCUCUCUCUCUUUUUUUUUUUAAAUUUCGUACCUAAUCAACCAGAAAAUACUUUUGUCUCUGUUGACAUAAUACCUAGUCUUAUGAAAGAUAAAAAAUGCACAAGGGAUUAUUACAUUGCAAAGUCUGUACCCACGUGCAGAUGGUAUAAAAUAAGACUUUCAAUGGAAACGUUAAACGACGUUGCCAACUGGUACUGAUAACGAGACAUUUAUUAUUAUUAUUAUUAUUAUUAUUAUUAUUAUUAUUAUUAUAUUUUUGACGAUCGCAAAUCAGUUGAUUCAUGAUGCGUUUCAACUAAACGUAAAUGAGAACGUGAACGUGAACCUAAAGUGUACAAUGGCGAAAAUAGUUUGUAAAAUGAACAUUUACAAUUUACAGCAACUCGAUGCGAGUAAGUAGUUAGUUUCAAUCGUUACGAUCGAUAUGCUGAUUGAAUGGUACACAGUAUCAUAUACACAGAUUGAAUGCUCGAGUAUGACUACUGAUCGGGAUUGUUCGAGGCCUAUGAUUGUACUUUGCUCUGUACAAUGUGUUCGCUAAAAGUUCCUUUAUCAAUGAUAUUACGAAAUUGUCGUUCGGUGGAAUAUGAUGUUUAAUGAUAAUACUAGAUCGGAAAUUAAGUUCAAAAUUGCCCGAGUUUAAUAAUAUGAUAAUAAUAAAUGAUAAAAAAUCCUUUAUUUUUAUUAAAGCAGUCGACGUAUUAACGAAAUUAAAGAUAAAUAAAUCAGACGAAAUUUCGUUCUUUCCGUUUGUGAGAGAAUUAAUUGAUACUGUGCGCUUAGUUUUAGUUUUUCUUUUUUCAUGAACGCGAUCACGAGGAUUGACGAGUGUUUGUAAUUUAGAAUCGUUUCUCGAGUUCAAUUACUCACUUGACCCAACAUCGUCGACGUUAAACAUACGUUUAUACAAUAUUACAUAGUUUCGCGAAAGCUCCGUACGAAUUUCUUCUGUUCGUUAUUUAUAAACCGCGAUUUCACGAAUAAAUCUUUCUUCUAUUUUUUGCACUGUCUUAUAGUAUAAAAAGGCUCUUUCAAAAUAAAUUUGGAACAUAGGGCGUAUUUUGAUGAAUAAAAGAAUACUCUGAUAAAUUAGAAAUGUUGCUAAUGUCGAUGGAAAUAGAAAGGCUGCAGGCACGUGUAUUCGUUCAAAUAUUAAUUAAUUUUUUCAAAUUUCGCGGUUCAAUGAAAUCAGCGCCGUCGAUAAGUACGUACAGCAUCUUAUCUACAUAUGUACAAGCACGUACAAGUUGGUACAAGUGUGGACAGCGCUCAAUGCACUUUUCCGUUCAAUAAAAUUCCCAAAUAAAAUGGCAGUGUUGAGUAGAUUAUUGUUUGGAAGUAAUAAUAAAUUGUCACAAACCAAUGGAUUAUUGAGAAAACUGCUGAAUAAGAAUAGUUCCAUAUUUGAAAAACAAACAGGAAGUAUAAGAUGUAUGUCAGAACAUCGAACAAUGCCUAUAGUUGCAAGUCGUUGGCAGUGGCAUAAAACUAAGGAUUGGAUUCACUUUUAUUUUUUGGUGGGUGCCAUACCCGUCGCUCUGAUUAUUUUCUAUGCAAACGUGUUCAUAGGCCCGGCGACGUUAGAAGAAAUACCGGAAGGUUAUACUCCGCAACGAUGGGAAUAUUAUAGAUCACCCAUUACAAGAUUUCUUGCAAGAUACGUAUUUCCAAAUCCACAGCAAGAAUAUGAAAAGUAUCUUGCUUAUUUAGACAUUGCAGAGGCAAAAAAGAGGCUUCGAUGGCUAGAAAUCCAAUUUGUAGAGAACAUAAGGAAUCAUCAAGAUUAUCCAAUUUACUCGUAUCAGAGAUCUAUGAAAUCUAAAUACAUAAAAGAGUAUAGGAAAAUAUUGGACGAAGAAAGUGCAUCGUAAUUCGUUAAAGUAUAUUACAGUUGACUUGUAUACAUAGUGCAACCAAAUGUUGUAGAAACUAAGUUAUACAAUUAUUAGCUGUUGAAUAGAAAGCUGAAUAAAAACUGUUCGUAUGUAGUUCAGAUUCGGUGGAAGUCAA